AGAGAGAGAAGCUGCAAUUCCAAACUGAGGACGCAUACGGGGGAAUAUUCAGAAAGAAAAGAAGAUAUAAGCAGCGCAACUAAGGCAACCUUUGUUUUUCCUCUGGGAUUCGACUAACUCAGACGGUUUUAUUGUAGGUUGAAGCUCCGGUGUGAAGCUGUUUCCAGUUCAACUUCUGUGUUUUGGAGAGAGGCGAUACAUUUCUGCUUCAUUCGUGGCUUGUAAACGGAAUGAAUGACCAAGACAAAGGUUGACACCGGUUCCCCGACGCAUUUUGUCUCGAGGCAAAAGCAGAAAAUGGAGAGCUGCACCGGCGCACGAGCGCAGCCCGAGCAGCAGCCGCCCGAACAACCGUUACAAGUCAACGACAAAAAGAAAACACACAGGGCACCGUCUCCUGCGAGACCCAGAGAUGUGCACGGAUGGUCCCUAACUAAAAUCCGCGGCGGUAUCGGCACGCCGACGCUGAGCGUUAAACCGGGAGCCAUAUAUUUAGGCGGUCGCGUGUCCAGGCGCAGCCCGGUCGCCGGGAAAGAAACGAAAGCGGAGAAGAGUAGUAAACCGACCGGCAAACCCGGGCCAUCGGCGUCCGGUGCACAGAAGAGCAGCGCGAAUCCUAAUAAAAGCAGUCGGAGGAAAGUUUCGGACGCCAGCAUCGGAUCGGAUGAUUUGAGCAAAGACUCCGGCUGCGCUCCGGGGAAACUCUCACCCACGGACAGCAGCUCGGAGCUCUCGGAUUGCGCCUCGGAGGAAAACAAAGUCUCCACCGACGCGCUGAGCAGUGACACUGAGACCAGCAGCCGUGGCGGGAUUGAGGGGGACAAAGCGGGUGCAGAGCAUGGACUACCGGACAAGCGCGCUCGAGCCAAGACCAGCGAGGAGAAGGACCGGCUCUCGCUGGGAAUGGAGACCGGGGAGGGGCGCAUCUCUCCCGGUGACGAGCGCUCACUCACCUCGUUCGAUAGCAGGAUGCCUGCCAGCACGUCCUUGGCGUUUUCAGACCUGACUGAGGAGUUAAUGGACGGGAUGCAUGAGGAAUUAGUCAGGGAAAUCGACGAACUAAGAUCGGAGAAUGAUUAUUUAAAGGACGAAAUGGAGGAGCUCCGGUCUGAGAUGCUGGAGAUGAGGGACAUGUACAUGGAGGAGGAUGUUUAUCAGCUUCAGGAGCUCAGACAGCAGUUGGAUCAGGCAAACAAGAACUGCCGCAUCCUGCAGUACCGCCUCAAGAAGGCCGAGAGACGCAGCAUCCGCGUGGCCCAGACUGGACAGGUGGAUGGGGAGCUUAUUCGCACACUGGAGCAAGAUGUCAAGGUGGCGAAGGACGUGUCCAUCCGUGUCCACAACGAGCUGGAUGCUGUGGAGAAGAAGAGAUCUCGUCUGGAGCAGGAGAAUGAGGAGCUGAGGGUGAAGCUACAGGAUCUGGAGGUGGCCAAACAGGUCCUGCAGGCAGAGAUGGAGAAGACCAGAGAGAAUGCUUUGAAGAAGAGGGCUGCCAGGCCAAACAACAAACCUGAUAAAAAAGCAUCACCUCAGCCUCCAGAGGACAGUUCCGACCUAAAAUGCCAGCUCCAUUUCGCCAAGGAGGAGUCAGCCCUCAUGUGCAAGAAGCUCACCAAAAUGGUUAAAGACAACGAGGCCAUGAGGGAGGAACUGGCAAAGUAUCGCUCUCUUUACGGUGAGGUUGAUGCCUCAUUGACCAUUGAAGAGGUUGCUGACUCUCCUCACACUCGUGAGGCAGAAGUCAGAGUUCACCUAAAACUAGUUGAAGAAGAGGCAAACUUACUGAGCCGACGAAUUGUAGAGCUAGAGGUGGAGAACCGCGGGCUUCGUGCCGAAAUGGACGAUAUGAAGAUCCAGGAAUCCCCGGGUGGGGUUGGCAUCUCAGGAGGAGUCGGAGGUCAUCUACUGCUUUCCUCGUCAACUGAGAAUGUGAUGGAGCUACAGCGUCACCUACAGUUCGUGGAAGAAGAGGCGGAUCUGUUGCGGCGAUCGCUGAUUGAAAUGGAAGAGCAGAACAAGCUCUUGAUGAACGAGCUCAAUCACUACAAAUCCGAGCUUCCAGCUGUCACUGAGAUUGAGCCAACUGCAACCAUAAAUUCACCCACAAUAAUUUAUGGUGUUUCUGAAGAUGGAGGAUCUGGUCCAAAUGAAGCUGCCAAUAAAGAAUUGCUGGCUGCCAGGCUGCAGAUUGCAGAGCUGAAUGGCAAAGUAAAGAAGCUCCAGUAUGAGAACAGAGUGCUUCUCUCUAACCUCCAACGAUGUGACUUGGCCUCCAACCAGGGCUCUACACGUCCAGCACUGGAGACCGAUGCUGAAGCAGGGGACUCGGCUGAGUGCGUCCCCAUCCAAACACAUCGCGAGUGGCCAGUUGGGCAUGAGCAAAUCGAUAUCCUGGAGGAGAAGGAUCAGAAAGUUUCAGGAAUAAGUCAUAUUCAUACUUCUCAGUGCCUCAGCUUUAAGGACCUUCUCAUUAUUCGUGACCAGGCGCAACUCGUUACCUCAGCCAUUCAGCUUUUUACUUCGCCUGACUCCACCUGCCUCUCAGCAGAUGCCAUCUAUCGCAAGACCUCAGCCAAUGAGUCUGGAGAACCAGUUUUUCUGGAGAAGAGCCAGACACAGGGCUCAACGCUGCCCUUGGUGGAGGCCCUUCAUGGUAGACUGCAGUCCCUUCAGGCUCAGCUACAGGCCCUCAGUGAGAGGGUGGAUACACUGGGGCAAUCCCCUGAGAGGGAGCGUGUGGAAGGGAUGUCCCCGCUGCCUCUGCUUUCCGAGUUGGGAGACUCUGCAGCAAAUUUCUCAUGCCCUGCAGAUGAUCAGGUUGACCAGAUCACAACCCAGCAGAAGCCUGACUCUAGAGACCAGCCAGACUGUGAGAUCAAAGUUCACCCGUGCAGUGAAGAGGAGGAGAGCAGCAGCCACAAAGACAGCAAUAAAGAUGAGGAGUCUGACUUGAAGGAAACAAACACUGAUUUGCUGUCAGAGCAGGUUGGUGAGCUGAAAGCUCUGUUGUCUGAAGCAAGGGAAAAGAAUCAAGGAGUACAAGAAGCGCUGAAACAGGAGAGACAGGCACGCCACACUGACACACAUAAACUCUCUCAGCUUCAUGAAGAGCAUCAGAAGGCCCUCCUCCUUCGAGACUUCCAGCUGCAGAGUCUGAGUCUACAGACGCGUCUACAGCAGAAGUUGUGGAGUCAGGAGAGGAACCUACUGGUGCAGGAGUCACAGCAGCUCAAAGACAGUCUACUGCUCAUCAGCCUCAAACUGCGCUGGCUCCUAAAACAGUGGAGACUUGGCAAGAAACUAGAAAUAGAGGGCAAAGAUAUCCUGGAGGUAAACAGUGUCAAGGAUCUCUGUCUCCUGCUUGAGGAAGAUGGACUUUCUUCUCACUAUGGAGACAACAAGAUGUCUGCUGCUGAGGAGCAACCACACAACCCUUUGCCCAAAGAGCACACCAUCGCAGAGAAAACCUGCCUACAGCAGCCUAACGGGUUUGGCAGUACUCUGUCGGACCUGAAGAUGGCGUUACAGGAUCUUAGCGCCGAGCUGCGUGAGGAGUGUCAGAGUUCACAGGAGUUAACGCAGCAGUUCGCCCGUGCAAAAGCAUCAUGGGAAGUUGAGCGGAUGGAACUCAAGAGCAUCAUCACUCAGCUGGAGGGGAAGGUGGGGAAGGCGUCUGUGACUGGGGGUGAAAAGGAUUCUCCAGAUCUCAAGGGAGCGUUGAAAAAGGAGCGAGAGGAGCAUCAACACCUGCUGGCGGACUCUUAUGCUGCCGUGAUGGACCUCACCAAACAGCUGCAGAUCAGUGAGAGAAACUGGAGUCGAGAAAGACUAGAGCUUCUGGAGCACUUCAACCAGGAAAGAAGUCAAUGGGAACAGCAUUUAAGAGACGCCCAGAGCAAAAGCACACUGGCUCUUCAGGAUAAAACCUCAGACAAGGAAACAUCAGCAGAUGCAGCCACCAACAGUUCUGCCCUACAAAGGACCAAAUCAGUUUCCACCCUCUCAGAAUUUAAGAGUUUACUGGACACCAGUCUCUUCCUUCCUGGUCAUAAUGUUAAUGGAGUACCAGAUGGGAAUGUUGGGCAGCCCCAAUCCACCACCCAUACAUCCCUGCUGGCUCGCACUGACCUGAGUGACCUUAACAAGAAGAAUUGGAAGUACCUGACCAGCGAUUCUGCUGUAUUGGAGAAGGGUGACCAAUUUAAGACAUGGGACUGCCCAAGCACCAACUCCAACAGCAGCUUUCCAGGACUGGAGCUCAGCAAAGAGUACAUCCAAAGGAGCUACACCGCUCCAGAUAAGACAGGCAUUCGCAUCUAUUAUAGUCCUCCUACAGUGAGGAGAAUGGAGAGGAGGCCAGUCAAUGAAAAGGCCCAGCAGGAGCCCAGGCAAGGAAUUUCAUCUAGAGACAGAUCCAGAGAUCAUCUGGAUCUAUCAGGUCAGAUCUCUGCAUCUGCACCCUUAUCAACCACUUCCUCAUUGUCUUAUGAGCAAUGGUUGAGUUCACUUUCACAGCAGCAUAGAGACCUACUUGAGGGACGAACGGGAGGUUCUGCUCCAUUCCAUGGACUGGAGAUUUCAGGCAACCUUAGUGAUGACAUGAAAGAGAUGACAAACUGCGUGCGACAGGCCAUUCGCUCCAGUUCCCUGGAGAGAAAGUGCAGCAAAGAUACUGGGAGCCAGACUGUGGGUGUUUCCAGCACAGGAACGCAAACGGCACAGUUGGUCAGCAUUGGCCUACAAACGGAUAGCCCUAUUCCAUCCAUUAGAGGCCUUCAAGGGAAAGCAUGGUCUCCUCGUCCAUACACCUCACUUGCAUCAGCACGUUCCAGACAAAUCUCUUCAUCACUGGAGAAAGUUCAGAGUCGCAUAGAUAGACCCUGUUGCUCACCCAAAUAUGGCUCACCCAAGCUAAGCCGCAGGGUCUCCACCUCCUCCUCCAAACUUGAGACAUCCUCCACAUCCUCAAGGGAACGCAGUGUCUGGAAUCUCCAAAACCGCAGUGGAUCACAGAAUGGUUCUGCAUGGGCACGUUCCACCACCACCCGUGACAGUCCAGUGCUUAGCGGCCUCAAUGAUGGCUUGUCCAGUCUCUUCAGUGUGGUGGAACACUCCGGAAGUGUUGAAUCCUUAUGGAAAGCAGAUCCGUGUCCAGGAAGACAAGCCGCUGGGAAACCCUCCUGUCCUAGCAUAGGUAUUGGCCUGGGAGAAGCUGGAGCUCAGAAAUAUGGCAUGGUCCAGGAGUUUUUCCGCAAUGUUUGCAGUAGGACAGCACCAGUGGGCACCAUGGAUGAACCAAAACCUGAAUGCCUCCCUGGAUCCUUGAUUGGGACGGACAACAUCACGAAAAUCGUCAAUAAGCGGUUUAUGAAAACUCAAAGAGACGAGUUGGUAGCCACUGGAAAGGACACAACGAGCACAAGCUCUAAUACCCUGGAGGAUUCCAUUUGUGACUGCACCACUCAAACCCUCACUACCUGUGUUGCCCACCACUCUCGCUCUACCACACGACAUGCCAAUGGUCAGUGUGGGCACCAUGUGCAAGAGUCAUCAAUCACGACUGAAGAACGAUUCGAAACCAGUAACGAGUGAUGGGAAUGGGGGUGGCCUCUGUUGACGCUUCCCAACAAGUAUACAGCAAAAAAAAAACACUUAAUACUCACAAAACACUCUGCCUCACCCGCUGAUACACAAACACACUUCCACAUACGCCAAAACACAGAGACACACCCUAAACCAAACACAUACAUAUUACUUCACAAUUUUCAAAAUCCACAAACUUUCAGGAUUACAAUAACAGGACACUGAAGAAUUUCUGCAUCUAGAGAGUUUCAGAUCCAGACCUCAGUCUAACCAGCACACCUUAAUGCCAAGGAAGGGGAGAUAGCUUUGACCUCCCCUUUAGGUCCACCAUUCCACUGUCAACCAGCCCGAUUCCCCUAGUUAAUCCAUCAUUCCAGAGUAAAUCAGCCAGUCCUGCCUUUGAAGUCCACUAUCCCAUUCCACCAUCGACCAGCUAGACCUCUCCUUAAACUCUGCCAUUCCACUGUUCUACAUCCAGCCAACAGGACAGCUUGCCUCCACCAUUCGAGUCAACUUGACUACCCCAACAUGUCACCAGGGAUCAUGUAGAUAUAACGGGAAAUACAGCAUGCAGCUGAACUACAAAAACCAAGAACCUCAACAUGGCCAGCAGGAUAAGGGGAAAAGCUCCUUCAUAACUGCCUAACGACCCAUAUUCCUGCCCACUGAUAGCUGUAUAAUUGUCCUGUACCCAGCCUUUGAUGGAUUCUACAAGUUCAUAUACAACUCAGCAUUUCAAACAUCUAAAAUGGAUUGCUUUUGCUUUUGAUGGUCAAAAAGAAAGUUUCUUCUUUGCAAGUGUUAUCAAUAUGAUCUGAAUUUGGUCUUAAUCCUACUGUCCAUGUUCACUCAACUGACAAUCAUCAACCAUUGAAGCCUGUUUCAACUUUUGUACAAACUACCUGGGACCUCCUUCCAUUUUCAAACCAGCCAAAUUUGAAACUCUUUAUCCACGCCUAGACCAGAUAAUAUGAUUGAUCAUAUUGCAUUGGGAAUCCUUCCUUUUUAAAGACUUGGUAUUCUUAUCAUGCUCUCUGAAGAUGUCUACGGAGAGCAUUUGGUAGCUGUAGAGUAGGAAGAUCAGUUGUUAUAUUUGCUUUGGUUCUUUGUACUGCAAGUGUGUGAACAUUAGAGCACUAACACUGAAAUAUCCAUUCCCUGGCUAGGAUGUCCACAAAAAAUAAAAAAUUUAAAGGCAAUUGUUAUGUUCACCCCCCUCUUCUAUGGAAGACAUUUUGCUGGGUCAGUGUUUUGUAAGCUUCUUUAUUUUCUCUGUGCCUACCUCUCCUUUCUCUGCCAUCACACUGAAAUAAUCCUAAUAGACCUUAGUCAGGGUAGAUGCCUUAUUUGAUAUAAAUGAAAAAGCUGUGACUGAUAUGUUUGAAAUUAUUUAAACUCAUGAGACAAAGACUUAAGUCAAUCUUAGAGAAAAAGCUGCUUUGUUUCUACAUAUGGUGCUGGGUACACAUUCAUGAGUGCCGCCAUGUUGAGAUCAUUAUGCGGUCUUUCCUGACUAAGGUCCAUAAUCCUAUUUCCUUCCUUCUAGACCCCAUUUGAAAGCCUCAUACUUAGUGACAAAAUACUAAUUACACAGAUAUCAGAUACAUAAACAGAUAUGUUUAAGACUGAAACAUUUAAUGGUAAUUGGCCAUAGUGAGAUUUUGAGAUUAGUGAGAUUUAAUCAGAUAAUCCAAAAAUAUAAUCCAUAAUCUGAUUGUUUGUUCAUGUAGCUAUGCAGUUACUAUGAGUGUGUGCCUCCCUGUAACUGCCCCUAAAUCAGAGUCUCUGUGAGUAUGUUUGUAAUGUGUUUUCUCCAAUCUCCAGUGAGUGGUGCUGCAAAAACUAAAGUUUAGUCCAUUUUAAGUGCUUUUUUUGGCUUUGAUGACAGCACAUUAGAGGAAACAUUCUUGUAUGCAUCUCUCAAGCCAUACAGACUUGAUGACUCAGCUUUUUUAUAAAUAGGGCAUUAGUGGAUAUUUAGAAUAUUAUCACUUUCUCAAUUGUUUAACAUCUGGCCUUGUCAAAAAAAAAAAAAAAAAGAAAGAAAAAAAAAAGGGUCAGCCAUUAUAAACCCAGCCUGUAAUAUCCCAGUGUCGCCUCUUUAUCUGUCAAAGCCUUGCCAUAUAUCCCACAGCUACCUCUUAACUCAAAACUGUAUCUUACAUUUAGCCCAUUUAUCAUUUCAAAGGUCACUAGAGUGCCUUUUGUAAAAUUAAAGCAACAAGAUAUCUGUUAGGAGUAAGUCUUUGAGGAACUGCCUAUUGACAGCAAUGAAAUAACAGAUGUGCUAUUAGCUACUGAAUCCGAUUUCUUUAGUAAUACAUAAUAUAAGGCAAACUCUGUUUUUGCUAUAUGUAUUGAAGUUGAAAUGCAUUUUUUUUAUUAUUAUUAUUGUUUUUGAUUAUGGAUGCCAAAAUAAAUUUUAGAGCAUGAACUUUUAAUAUUGAUCACUCAUGAAUUAUAAGUGAGAUCUGACGUUAAUGUGAUCAGUCCUACCUUUCUUUAUAAGCCAUUUUUAACCUGUUUGAAUGUUCCAUGAAUUGAGUCUGAAGUUGAGUUUUUGUUUAUGGUACAAAUCAGACGAAAGAUGUACCUUCCCAUAAAGUGUCGCUUAACUGACCAGUCAUUGUAUUCAUGUGUCUGAGCUUGGUCAGAUGAUCUCUAAAUAACUCAAACAGGAGGAAUGACCAUAGCUUAUGAGUCCAACUCUGAGUGCUUCCAACCACAGUCUUAUUUUAAACCCCACUGAUAGGUUGAGAAAGGAAAAUAGUUAUUUUCCCCAAAUUUACAAGAGGAAUGUAUAUAGUGACAAUUGUAUACACUUUAAGAGCAAUUCUUAAACCAUUAACAGCUCUCUGGUUGGCCUUCCCAUUCACCAUAUUGAUAUUCAUCACCCUUUUACCCUGUUCUAAUGCCUAGCAAUAUAUAAAACACCUUGUCGCUUAUCGUUGUUAAUAUUGUUUGCUAAAUUAUUUUAAAGAGAAUGCGUGUAUAUUUCUUUUUUGUCUCCCAUUUGAAAUCUUUCAUUUUAUGAAAAGAUGAUAACGACAGGUAGAAAAUGAGAAAACAGAAACCUUCCUAAAUGUUUUAUCUUGAAAUCAAAUAUACUGUAUAUAAACACUUUCUACUCUUUCUAUCCUCAUAUAAGAAACAUUGAAUGUCUCUGCCAACUUUGAGCUUGAAUUCUGUACCUUUCCUCCCCUGAAUUAAAACUUGGGAAGAUUUUGUGUAAAUAGAAACAUUUUGAAGAUAAAAUAAAAGUGCUGAAAUUUC